UCCCGCUGUGUAUCUGUGCUCUUUUAUGAUUUCCCACUUCAAAAGGAGGAGAAAUUUGCUGAUCUACCAUUGCUGCAGAUUGCAGGGUUUUCUCUUCAUCACGAUAGAAUGGCUAGAAGCUUGGUGUUUGAGGCAGAUAGCACACCCCAGUUUUUCAAGAUAAUUAGUCAAGAUUCCAUUCGUGACGGGAAGCUUGGCAUUCCUGCGAAAUUUGUAAGGAAGUAUGGAGGUAUAUUGCCAAGUUCUACAGUUCUUAAGGUGCCUAGUGGUGACAAAUGGAGAGUAGAGCUAAUCAAAUGUGAUGGUGAGAUUUGGUUAAAGAAUGGGUGGCAAGAAUUCGCCAAAUUUUACUCUUUAGCCUAUGGAUCUUUUCUAGUAUUUCAAUAUGAUAAGAAAAGUUGUCACUUCAAUGUGAUUAUACUUGACAAGAGCGCUACAGAGAUUGAAUAUCCCUAUGAUGUUUCUCAUGGAGAUACUGUGCAGCCUAAUGGCCUUGAAAAAGAAUUUCAAGAGCAAAAGAUUGAAGUAGAAAGUGAAAGUGAAGCUUCUGUUGAUAGCUUGGAUCGGUUUUUGCAGUCCCAGAAAAGAAAAAUGAAAUCACCUUUGUCAUGCCCUCAGCCUCCAAAGAAGAUGAAGCAAGAGAAACCCACGAGAAAAAAUAAAGCUAAAAAGAGAAAUGGAGGCUUGUUUCGUGAGGAACAUAGAUCAGUUAGGGUUAUAAAACGACUGACAAGUGAAGAAAAGUAUGAUGCACUUCGUAGAGCAAAUACUAAUUUCAAGUCUGAAAAUCCAUUCUUCAGCAUGGCAAUGCAGCCAUCAUAUGUUUAUGUUGGAAGUAUAUUGCCUAUACCAUCACACUUUUCCAAGAUAUAUUUCAAAGAGGAGCAAGGCAAGGCUUCCCUGAAUACUUGGUCUGUUGAGUACACAAGCACUUGGUGCAAUGGAAGAAAAUCAAUAAGACUAAGUAAUGGUUGGAGGGAAUUUGAAAAAGAAAAUCACUUGGAAGUUGGUGAUGUUUGUUUCUUUGAACUAAUCGAACCCACUGAAAUGACAUUCAAAGUUACUAUCUUUAGACAUGCUGAAGGUAGCAAGCAGCAAUCUGUGGGUGAGAAAAGUGCUAGCAGGGAGAAGUUUAUUCGAAACUCUUCAUCUUCAAAUCUGCCUGUUACUAUUGAAUCCACUGAAGAGUUUUCUUCAAUCUAUCCGUUCUUCAAAGCGGUUAUUUCAUCAAGCCAUCUAGACCGUUCCAAUGUGCAUCUACCGUACAAUUUUGUGAGCGACAUCCAUCAAAGCAAAGUGAAAGCAAGGUUGCAGGUGGAAAAUAAAUGGUGGGAUGUGAUUUUAAAUAUCUACCGACGUAAAAACAGAAGCAGAGGCCUGAUAUCUGCUGGAUGGCGUAGAUUUUCAAGAGAGAAUUUUCUGCGAGUGGGAGAUUUUUGUAUGUUUGAGCUGAUUGACAGUAAACCUGAGAUGGUUCUUAUGAAUGUCACCAUUAUUAGGAAUUCCUAGUGAUCAUUUUUAGUUUGACAUGUUGAUUUGUGAUUGUCUUAUGUUUAGAAUUAUGCUUGGACGGUUUUUAUUUGCUGUAACUUAAAAAUUUUUUGUUAUUUAAUUAUCAUCGUUUACA